GAAGGCACAAUUCGACCUCGGUAUCUUGUCUGUUUUUCUCCCUUUCGGGUUCUUUGUCUUUGAUUAAUGGCCUCACGCUGGUUCGACCAUUUCUCCGAUGUCAAUUUAUUGCCCUCGUUUCGUACGUUUCUCGUUCGAGGUGAAAAUGAGGUCCGGAAAUUGAAUUUAAACUGAGCUGAUGGUUGACCGGCGCAUCUUGCAGCGCAACCACCAGAAGAACCGGAGAGACAAGGAACAGAAACAAUCACGACCACAGUCCGUGUGUUGAAACUAAUGAUACCAAUGCGCGGAGCAGCUUUUGAACUUCCUGACGGAAUUGGAAUUUGGAGUAAGUAAUUGCAUUUACUUGCAGCUAAAACACACCGACUGCGCUGACCUGGGUAAUCUGUUCCUUUAUUGUGCCGCGUCACGACAAUGCAUGUUUUUGCUUCGACAAAGCUCCCGGAACAGGAGCAGCUAGCGAGGAAUCCUAGAAGAAGCUACGAAGCGUUAGCCAAGAUGCGAACACAGAACACAAUAAGAAAUGGCAUGGCAAGAUGCCAAUCAUGGCCAGUGUGGCUUUCCUAUUCAAGUGUACAGCACAGAAGGCGGGAAAAACCCCCAUAAACUAACCGGAUAGUAAGAUAGUGACGGAGAGAGAGGAAAAGAGAAAGACCUCAGAGGGUUUUACACUCUCCUACGCGUUUGCAACUCCGCGUGUGCCUCAUCAUGAAGAUGGUUGUUGGUGGAACGUGACCGUGAAAUCUGGAACGAAAUGAUAGACGACAUUACGAGGUUUGACGUUACUAUGGAAACAAAACUAGUAAAUGCAAUCGCCGCACAUCCCGAAGGAGAAGCAUAAUAGGCGAUUGUCAGUAUUCCUUCAGGAGCUUCGUUUUGGUGGAACGAAUUCGUGAGGUAGUGUUGUUAUGUCAGGGCUUCUUUACUCUUAUCUAGUAUCUGCGCUAUUUGUUUUGCCAGCGAAAUGGCAAUCGUCAAUGUAUGCUGUCGACGCUAACAGGAAGACAAAUGAAUAGUAAUAUCCCUUUGAGCGAUAGUGUUGAACUUCUAAUCAUAUGCUAAUGAGAAAGAAAGAAAAAGUGUGUGCGAGAGAGAGAAAAAGAAAGAGAGAGAGAAGAGACAGGGCUUGGUACGGCUUAGACUUUAAAUUCCUAAAACCAUUAUUAAAGCCUGGAACAUAUCAAAACGAUCAUGUACACGAACAUCACAUUCGUAAUGCAUAAAGCAUUCGCUUACCUUACCUUUUUGCCCUUAUUACCUGUCCGUUUCUCUUCUGCUUCUUCGUUAGUACGAUAACGAUUACGUAAGUGAACAAACUAUAAAUGCCUUGCAUGUAAAAAGAUAAGCAAAGAACAAAGCGAACAUUAAACGAAUUGACAAAACAAAGCAUAAAAGAAGCUGCGAAGCGUUUAUUUGUUUUUGCGUGAAACACCCGAAAUUCCACCGCACCAUCUCUAUGCUGUG